AGCAGUCUUUUACCCCACCACAGAGCAAGAAGAGGUGCACCGGCGGGAUAAGAUUACGCGCAGUUAUCCGGCCAACAAGCCGAGUGCGUCCAUUCAUGCCCUCAUAGACCUCCAUCUCAAAAAGAGGACCAAACUCAAACGACAGAAGCAAGUGAUCGAGUGUGAUUUAAAAAUAGAGGCAGAGACAGAGGGAAUCAGCGACCUCCUACCCAAACCGAGCUAAUAAAAUGCAUUCUGACUCCAGCUCGAGCAGAUCUUCCUCACCAGACAUGGAUGGAAUGUAUCUCCGAGACCACCUCAAUUCAGUGUCCUCGGCGCAGAACGAACUCCUCCAGAAGAUGACGAGCGAGCAUCUUUCCAGGCACGGGGAAAAUACGUCAUCUGGCGGGAGCAAGUACAAACUCAAGAAGCAGGUGACAGAGCAAGAGAUUCAGCAUCUGAGGCUGAAAAUCAACGGGCGGGAACGCAAGAGGAUGCACGACUUGAACCUGGCAAUGGACGGCCUCCGGGAAGUUAUGCCUUACGCACACGGUCCGUCUGUGAGAAAGCUGUCGAAGAUUGCCACUCUCCUGCUUGCCAGAAACUACAUCUUGAUGCUCAACAGCUCCAUGGACGAGAUGAAAAGGCUGGUUGGAGAAAUCUACGGCGGACAUCAUUCUGCGUUCCACUGCGGGACAGUGAGCGGGCACUCUGGCAACCCGGCGCAUCAGGUGCAUCCGCUGCUCGGGAGCGCGCUGUCCUCGUCCACAUCCUCUACCCUCACCACCACUUUACCUGGACUUACCUCCAUUCGAGCACCUCACUCCUUAAUGAAGAGUGCCCCUGCACACCCUCUUCAGCUCGGCAGCGGCUUCCAACACUGGGCAGGUUUACCAUGCCCGUGCCCCAUAUGCCAAGUACCUCCACCCCCUCAUAUUCCUAUCAGUUCAGCGGGACUGACGAGACUUGCAAGCGGAAACAAGGAUGUGAUGAAGUAAUUCGGGACAACCGAUACAGAAUGGUGUCAAAAUGUACAGUAAAUUAUGAAUUGGACAUGAAGAAAUGACCUCCAUGCAUGCAUUGUAUGUAUGUUUAUUUGUUUUGCGUAUGAGAACCGUUAAAUAGUCCUCCUCGUAACAAAGACCCUGUGAAAAUAAUUUUUUCACGGUAAAAAUGUAGCUGUUUAUUUGGUGUCACCAGAGAUGCAUUCACGCUAUGUAAAUAUGUUUCUUACAAGACGCUCAGUGAAAAAACCUAACGCAUUAAGCUGGAGAUGUCUGAAUGUGACCUUAUGUUUGGAGAGCAUUAAGCUGGAAAUGUCUGAAUGUGACCUCAUGUUUGGAGAGCAUUAAGCUGGAAAUGUCUGAAUGUGACCUCAUGUUUGGAGAGCAUUAAGCUGGAGAUGUCUGAAUGUGACCUCAUGUUUGGAGAGCAUUAAGCUGGAGAUGUCUGAAUGGGUGAAAAAAGUUACAUGCAAAUGUAAUGUUUGUUUUGGCAUCAUUUGUGAAAGUGAAGAAUGCCCUUUCCUUGUAACAAGGAUGGUGAAAUCGCAUUCUACAGUGUAUGACAAUUGUAUAUUUUAUAUAUUAAGUUCGGAAAGGUUGAAAUAAUAUGGCUCUUGAUGACUCCAUAGAAUUCUGAAAAUACUUUUAGUUUUGCGGUGGCGUUAUUGUCCAUAUGUUGAACUUCUUUAGCAUGGCUGCAUGAUUGUUUUGCUGGAAAGAAUGUUUUAUGUCCGGAGACCCCACGUCUUUAUUUUUGUAUUGAUGACUAAUGAAAUAUUUAUUAUUGCCCAGUGUUCCUGGAUGAAAUGUCAAUAAAACGGAUAUGAUGAACCAUG